AUUUAUGUUUUAUGUAAGAAUUGUGUUUUCAUACAAAUGUAUUAAAUAUGUGCCAUCUGUACAGUUGGGAAAAAAAAGAAAAGUUAACCUGCUUGUUUUUUUAAAUAAAUUCUGUAUUCCUGUUUAUAUUACUUAUGCCACGCUACGGAAGUGAUUCCGAUAGUUCUUCUAGAAGUCGUUCGAAAAGAAAAAAGGCAAAAAAGAGCCGCCGGCACAGUAGCUCUUCUACCUCCUCUCAUAAUUCAUCAGAUUAUGAUAAAGUUAAAAGCCGACAUCGAAGUCAAUCCAAAGAGAAAAGAAGAAAAAGGUCAAAAUCUAAGGAUAGAGAUGCAAGAAGUAGAUCUAGAUCACGUUCUGGAAAAAGGCGGAAGCAUUCUGGUGAUCGUAAAGGUCGUAGUAGAUCACCUGUCAAAAGUCACAAAUCUAAAAGCAAAAACCAUUCACGACAACAUAAAGGAAGGAAUAGAUCUCCAUCUCAAGAGAAAAAAUCAUUUAGCAGAUCACGUUCCAUCUCAAAAAAUAGAAAUUCCAAAAGUAGAUCACAUUCUAAAGAACAUGAGUCAAGAAGUAGAUCUUAUUCUAGAGACAGAAAUUCUCGAAGCAGGUCUCAUGAUCGUUCUUACAAGACUAGUAGAAAAAAGCAUUCUUCGUCAAAGUCAAAACAACAUAAGCGAGAUCGCAGAUCCCAUUCACAUAGUCGAGAAAGGCAUAUGCGGAAGUCUCGUUCAAGGUCUAGAAGUGAUUCAAUGAGUCAGAGCUCCAAAAUUUCAAGAAGAAAUUCACGAUCUAUGUCUUUAUCACCACGAAGAUCUAAAGCUGACAAAGGAAAUGAUAAAAGAAAUAAAAAUGAGGAUGAAGACAUGCUUAAUAUUAAACUACAAGCUGCUUUGAGAGCUGCAGCUAAUGCAGAUGCUUUGUUGAAAGAAAAAGGCUUUAAAACGUCUGCUGCAGACAACAAAUCAAUUUCAGAAAGCAUAGUGGAACUGACUGUAGAUGAACAAAUGAAACGAGCAAAAGCUAUAGAAAAUAUAAAUGCAUCCUCAUUUGUUCAACAAGAUUUCAAAUCAACUAGAGUAUGGGGUAAGAGCAAAUAUGAGGCACCAACUGAUAGUACACAAAAUGGAGUUGAUAACAGCUCUUCAGAUGGGAAAUUAUCUUUAAAAGUUGAUGAUAGUUGGAAAAAUAACCCUGAAAAAUUGGUACACCCUCGGUUGUUUGAAGGCCUGGAGGAAAGAACAAAAAAGUGGAAGGAAAAAUUAGCUCAAAUGAGAAAGAGUCAAGUUGAUAUGCAAUGAUGUACUUGUAACAAAAUGAUAAAUUUUGUAAAAAUUCUAUAAACUCUUUUAUUGCAAAAAUAAAAAUAUUUUC